AAGCUUGUUUUUGAACAUCACGAGUCAAGAGUCUGAAAAGAAAGCGAAACUGGGUCCGCGCCCGGCUGUGAAGCACUUUAAAUUCUGUCCAAGCAAAACACUCGACGUUUUUUUUUGACAAAUACGCUUUUUAGGUUUUUAAUAUACUAUCGAUGUAUUCCAGCGUCUAGGAACUAUAUUUGAAGUGCGAAGAUGAAUUUAAGCAAGAAGAGCUAUGAAGUAUGACCUUAAAUAUGAUGUCAGCUGUGCUUUAGGAAGAAAUAUCAGCAUUGUCUAACAACAAACAUGGCAACAGCCUCAGGUAAUCACUUCGAGUGGCAGCUGUUUAAUGGACAGCAGUGGGGUUCUAUCUUAAAUGAUUUUGUCAUUGAGGCCCAUUACUGUCAGCCAGGGGCAAAUGGCAUCACCAUCAACCUCAGCAUGGGGCCUGUCUAUAUUGACUUUGAUGAAAUGACCGUCGAUGGAGCUGUGGUUAACCUCGGUGUACAACGUAAUACGCUGCUGUCUCCUAACCAGAAAGAAGUAAUGGGCUGGUACUACAAAGAUAACCAUCGCUGGUGUGAAUAUGGAUCUCAUGGAUCAGGUAGGAGGUCAUCUUCGGUUAGAAGUGAUUUUAUAGAGCAGCAGUACAAUAGAAACCCAAGAGGCUCAGUCCAGUUUACUGUAGGAAGCAUGACGUACAAGGUGGACUUCACUGCCAUGACUCAAACCAAUCUGUCCACAUACAUGUUGAGGAAAGUGAGACGGCGGCCAAAGUUCAAUGAAGUAGUAACAACCAACAGCAGUAAUCAAAACAGUCUACCACUUCUGGCAUCUCCCUCUGCAAACCCUUCAAAUUCGUCCUCUCAUUACAUCUGGGAGUUUAUGGGUGAUGAGGGUAUUUGGACCGAGUACCAAAAACCAGGAUGUUCGCUGGAUAGUGCAGAAAUCGAGAGGUUGUAUCAGCUUAACCCACAGUCCCAAGUUUCAUUCACAGUCAGACGAUUCUCUUACACUCUUGACUUUAGUGGAAUGUAUCAAGUAAACAAUAAAUAUGGUACAAGAAGAGCUAUCAGGAGAACUGCCAGUGAAAUCCAGCCAACAAACAGUACAUCAUCACAAGCUCGCUGGCAGUUCAAAGACAUGGAUGGCCAAUGGAAUGACUAUAUUAAAGGUGGUUCUUGGGGAUGCUGCAGUGUGUCAAGUCAAGAUAUUGAAGCGCAGUACCAGCAGGACUCCAGCGGGAUAAUGAGUUUCAGAGCGGGCAGAUUCAGCUAUGAGCUAGACUUCUCAGACAUGACCCAGACCAACCUGUCCACUAACACCACGAGAUCUGUACGCCGCCUUUAGCAGACCUCACCUGCCUCUUUUCAUGUUUACUUUAAUAUUUACUUAUAGCUUUAUAGAAAUGAUCUCAGGACGCCAGUUCAAGCUAUGUCUGCUGGCCAUUUUCAGAAAACGUGAUACAAAAUAUCAAAAAUAUGUUCACUUUGUCCAUGCUAACCCAUGUGCCCAUAUUGUUUUAUCAGUUGCCAUAAAAAGUGGUUCUUGUUGUGAUUAUGUUCUUGAAACAAUUUCUAUUUUUAUUCUUUACAUUUUUUCUUUUCAAUACAUUUACUAUGAUUUAAUGAUUCCUUUUCCUGUGCAAUACGUUUUUUGACAGCUUUCAACAUUCAUCUCAACACGUGUUUUUUUAACUGCAGAUUAAUUAUAUGUUAAUUAAAAACAUGUUUACAUGUUUUUCAUGACUUGCAUCUUGAUUAUAAUAAAUGUAAAAAAAAUAUAAAAAAUUGAUUUAUAAUUUGAACUCCAAAGCAAUUCACCACAUUGACUACUAUUACAUAUUAUCAAGUAAUGCAUUUCAUUUUAUUUAAAAUUUUAUUUUAUUAAGUUUUUUGUUUUUCUUUUUGGGGGGUGGGUGGGUGGGUGUUGUUUUUCCUAUAUUUCUGUUUAUUCAACAAUUGAACAAAAUUUGCUAAAAUAAUUUUCUUCACAUACAAAUAAAGAUGACUCUCUUGAAGAACA